UCAUUACUAAAUAAGACAGGGAAUCAAGUGGGGUUAUGGUAUGCACAUUAUUGCGGCUCCUAAUGAUCAAAAAAUAUAAAAAAAUCAUUUAAAGCAGUGAACAUUAUUUCAAAGACUCUUUGAGCAACGCAAGAGCUGCUAAAUUUAUGAAAAUGUCUUUAUCACACGUAGUCCUUGACAGUAAAGUGUACACUCCUGAGACAAAGACAAGCAAGAUAUGCUAACACCUUUAAUUUUCAGAUCUCAACAACAUGUGAACACAGGAAAUCCUAUGAUAAUUUUAGGCAGAAUUAACCAUUUAGCUUCCGCGAUUAGACGUAAAGAUACUCCCUAAGUAUGGAAUCUGAACCCGUUACGAAUCUUACAACCUCUAAUUGUCACAAGAAAGACCAUACCCACUAUACUGAAUGUUACUCUCAAAAGAUCACUCUCUUUAUAUGCUCACAACACUAAAUUUAAUUAAGGCCUCACACAGCACAGUGCUAAUACAACUGAUUAACCUUGUCAGUCAAACCAGUGCAUGCAAAAACAGCUCUUAACAAGGCAGGAAGGGUCUUUUAUGAAAAACAAUAACGAACUAUAAUCAUAGUACAAUCAUGAAGGAUAGACUGAUGGAGUAACAAACCAAUCCAAUCACUGAAUGAAGAAGAUAUGACAAGCCAGAUAAUUCUAACGAACAUAAUACUGUGACAUUUUACAAUCCUUUGUUUCAUUGCUGCAGGUUGUGCAUGACACUCAAUAUUAUGCUGAAGUGGGAUAAAAGCAAGGCAUUUUACAAACAGUUCUUAACACUUUGCCAGGAUAUAUUUGUACCUAAACCCCUCGAUAUUGAAGCCUCUAAGAUUUUAAUAUGAUCACAACACUAACGCAAAGCUCAAACAGACUAUAUUUCAUCUAACCCAUUGUCUCCGCAUAAAAACGAUUUCUAUAAACUAGUGAAAAUCCACAUAAGAUCCUUCAACUUAUACGCGAGGGUGAAAUACAUUCCAUUACAUCUGGAUUGAAACUUGAGAACCUCGAGAACUAAAAGACAUACAAAGUAUUGUUUCUGAAUCAUAAUCCAAUCUCCCGUCAAAAUAAAAAUAGAUAAAUAAAUAAAUAAAUAAAUAAAACAUAAUCCAAUCACAUUAUCCCACAAAUUGUCACAAUUUAUUCCUCUUUAUCUGAUAAUUAGCAAAACCGAUAGACUCGUUUUAGUGGAGUUUAAAAUUGGACAGCAAGUAUCCAACCCCCAUGGAAGCCUUCAAUAUGGAAGAAAGUAGGCAGAAGUUCAAAAAACAUCAAAACAAUAACUCAAACCAUUAGUUUGGGGUUGAUAAAAAUUGAACUAUCAGUUUCAUGGCUGAAUGACUGAGACGUAAAGUAACAUUACAUAUCAGCAGAUACGACUGAAACAAAGUCUAUAGAAAACAAACACUGGUAGAUUCACAACUAAUCAGACUUAUAUGGUGACCAGAUCACGUCAACUGUAACUCUUGCAAUACUGAAAUAAUGUAGCCAUCACAAAUGUGCAACAAAUCUCUUGCAAUCACAAUUUAUACACCCCAAACAUUUUCUUAUCCCAACAAUGGCCAGAUAACAAAAUCCAUAAUAAAUAAACAAAUAAUAUAUCAGCUAAGAUUAUACCAACAAUAUCUCCACUACAUGAUUCGAGAAAUGGCAAUAAAUGAGAAAGAUAAUAGUUUUAAAAAAAAUAAUAAUAAUAAAAAAUUAUAAAAGUAAGGUGACCCUCUUUUCGCACAAGCCCAGCCAAACAUAUAGAAUCUGAAAGUUCAAAGGUAUCAUAUUGAUGCCUAGUGCUAUUGAAAUUUUGUUACAUUAAAAAUCGACCAAAAAGAUGAGUACACAUAACCCAAGUUUUAAGAUUGUUUAUUUUACCUUAGUAAUUACUUUUAAUAUUUUUACUCAAUUCGUAUUUUAACAACUUAACUAAUUUCUUUUGCUAAAAUUUUCUCAAACCUUCAUGUGUUUUUUACCACUUCUUUAAAACUUUCUUGAAUUUAAAUCUUGGUUCUCUUUUCAAACCCUCGUAAAAUUUACUUAGAUGCUCUUUCUUUUUCUCACUUUACACCUUUUUUACAAACUUUUUCAACUAAUUAUCUUGCUAUGUCCUCUUUUCUUUAUCGAACGGUUACUUAUGAUGAUUCAUAUUAGCCAAUCCCAAAUAAUUUCAGGACUAAGGCUUUGUUGUUGUUGUUUAUAGAAAUAUAUACGUCCGCAUGGUAAUACUCGCGGUUGACUGCAUAUUCAAAGACAGUAAACCCUCAAGUAGCUAAGAGUAUUACCUGUGUACCAGCUACUAACUACGACUUAGUAUUUCCCUGAGAGCAUUGAGCUGUCCAAUAACACCAAAAUAGAAUCUCUUACUCCAAAUAAACAAAUCAUGUACACAGACAGAAAAGUCAAACAACCAUUCCCCCAAGCACUCCCAGAGAAAAGCCAAUAAAUAUGCCCUUUUGUCACAUGAAAGGUGCUAAAUUCUCUUUCCAAAUUUCUCCCUACACCACUUUCAAUAUUUCACCUCACUCUUACUACUUCAACCAAGAUCUUCUGCCACACUAAUUCUGUUUCAUCUCAACUAUUAGCUAAAAAUCAACACACACAUAAAUGGAUCGGAACCGAUUAACGUCCCAAAGUCUUACAGCAGAAGAGUACACUAAACUGGAAGAUGUCAUAAGCACAUGCCACAGUGCUAAUUUGCCUCCAAACAAAUGCACAUCUUUAAUAAUCCAACGCAUAAACGCACCGGCAAACGUUGUUUGGCGGUAUGUCCGAGCCUUUGAUAACCCUCAAGCUUACAAGUAUUUGAUCAAGAGUUGCACAAUGAGGGGUGAUGGAGGGGUAGGUAGUGUGAGGGAUAUAACAGUAAUCUCAGGACUUCCUGCAGAGAGGAGCACUGAGAGAUUAGAGAUGCUUGAUGAUCAGAGACGUAUACUAAGCUUCAAGGUCCUAGGGGGUGAACACAGACUUAUGAACUACUGCUCUGUCACAUCAGUAAAUGAAAUAAACCACACGGGGAGGGUUUACACCAUUGUCUUGGAAUCCUACACUGUAGAUAUACCAGAGGGGAACACAGCAGAAGACACAAAGAUGUUUGCUGAUACUGUAGUAAAACUAAAUCUUCAAAAACUAGCCGAGGUAUCAGAGAUGACAGCCUCUUGAAAGCAGAAGAUCAAUGGGUGUUGAGUGCAAAAUUGUUGAAUGGCUAGGUCUAAAGCUGGAUUUUGACUCUAUCAGAGAUUUUUCUCUUGUUAGUGGGAAUGCUGUUACAUCUUGUAAGUUGAAUUUUUCCGCACUGUAUUAGAUAGUUGUUUUAAGCAUGCUGAUUGGUUGAAAAGUAAAUCUCUGGUGAUCCAGAAUACUCUAUUUUUAUGGACAUAACCAAUUUGAAUUAAGACGGUUCUCUAAAAAAAAGAAGUCAAAGAGUCUAGGCUGGAUGUCUUAGUGAUCUCGAAACCCUUAAAUUACUCAGCUAGCAGAUACAAAACUAGAUUGAGAUGUGCUUGCUUCUCAUACACAAUUAGCCUUUGCGCUAAAAAAAGGUUCCUCAUAACUAGCAGCAUUAGGUCAGUUGACUGCUUCUAGGAAGGUUUUUCAGCAAAAUAGGAUAUCAUUAUAUAUGAAUAUACCUCAACUAUCUACCAUAUAAUACUAUUUCCUAAAGUUAUAAUAUGAUUAACCCUUGGCAAAAGAUUCAAGGAAAACAUGAUCAAUAAUUUAACCCAGCUUGGAUGAUCAAGGGCUUUCAUAACUGAACACAUGAUCACAUUAUAAUUUUAAUAUUUAUUUUUUACUUAUUCAAAUUGACAAUAAUUAGUUCG